CAAGUGUCGCUUCUCUCUCUCUCUCUUUCUCCAGCGCACUUGGCAUGCUGGAUAGGUGAAGAGCAUCCUGCAAGCGAGCGGACGUGGGGAGCCGAGUCCCGGGCGGCGGGUGGAGGGGAGUUACGGACACAGCGACUCUCUCCUGUUUUCCGCCCCCGCCUCCCCCGGUGGCCAGCAGGACCUGCACCCCGCGCUGGCCCCCGCUCCUGCUCCGUCCCCGCCCGGCCCCGGCGCGCUCCUCCCCGCCCGGCCCCCUUCCUCGGCGCGCGUCGCGCUGGAGGCGAACGCAGUCUGAGCCGAGCGCAGUGGCCGCCGACCACCGAGCGCCCCGCGCCGCCUCCCUGCAUGUGCGGCCAGCGGCGGCCCGCAGCCCCCGCCAGCAGCCUCGGCAGCUUCGGCCGCGCGUCCAGAGGCGGCGGCAGCGGCUCCAGCGGCGGCCGAGCGCUCCAGCCCGGGCUGGGAGACACGAUGCGCCGAGUCCUCCGGCUGCUUCUCGGCUGCUUCCUCACCGAGCUGUGUGCCCGCAUGUGCCGGGCUCAGGAGCGAUCUGGGCACGGGCAGCUGGCGCAACUGGGCGGCGUGCUGCUGCUCACAGGGGGCAACCGCUCCGGAGCCGCCUCCGGAGAGGCCGGCGAGGGCGUCGGGGGCUCGGACGCACCGCCGACUCGAGCGCCCACGCCAGACUCCUGUCGGGGCUACUUCGAUGUCAUGGGCCAGUGGGACCCGCCGUUCAACUGCAGCUCGGGCGACUUCAUCUUCUGCUGCGGGACUUGUGGCUUCCGGUUCUGCUGCACGUUUAAGAAGCGGCGACUGAACCAGAGCACCUGUACCAACUACGACACGCCACUCUGGCUUAACACGGGCAAGCCCCCAGCGCGUAAGGAUGACCCCUUGCACGACCCCACCAAGGACAAGACCAACCUUAUCGUCUACAUCAUCUGCGGGGUGGUGGCUGUCAUGGUGCUGGUGGGCAUCUUCACCAAGCUGGGGCUGGAGAAAGCGCACCGGCCCCAAAGGGAACACAUGUCCAGAGCCCUUGCGGAUGUCAUGAGGCCACAGGGCCACUGCAACACUGACCACAUGGAGAGAGACCUUAACAUCGUGGUCCACGUGCAGCAUUAUGAGAACAUGGACUCAAGAACCCCCAUAAAUAAUCUCCAUACCACUCAGAUGAACAACGCAGUGCCCACUUCUCCUCUGCUCCAGCAGAUGGGACACCCACAUUCAUACCCCAACCUGGGUCAGAUUUCUAAUCCAUAUGAACAGCAGCCUCCAGGCAAAGAGCUCAACAAGUAUGCCUCCUUAAAGGCAGUAGGAAAUUCUGAUGGUGACUGGGCAGUGGCAACGCUUAAGUCACCAAAAGCUGACAAGGUCAAUGAUGACUUCUACGCCAAAAGAAGGCACCUGGCAGAGCUGGCUGCCAAGGGAAAUCUCCCGUUGCACCCUGUAAGAGUGGAAGAUGAGCCUCGCGCCUUCAGCCCAGAGCACGGGUCUGCACAGCAGAAUGGACAGAAGUCUCGCACCAACAAGAUGCCCCCGCAUCCCCUGGCCUACAACUCUACUGCCAACUUUAAGACCUGGGACCCCAGUGACCAGUCUCUCCGGCGGCAGGCUUAUGGCAACAAGGGCAAGCUUGGCAUAGCUGAGUCAGGCUCUUGUGACCCCUUGGGGACUCGCACCCAGCACUUCCCACCCACACAGCCAUAUUUCAUCACUAACAGCAAAACAGAAGUGACUGUCUGAGCUUUUACUUCAGGGAGCACCCUGGAGACCACACUCAACUGAGAGAGGCAAAAAAUAUCAUCCCACUUACACCUUCCUGGUCCUGUACACCUCCACCCCCAACCCCUCAGCAGACACACACACUCCGGGCGUUCUACAGGAACCAACCACAGACCUACUCAUAAGGAGUCAUGCUUUUCCUGGGUCAUGCCUACUAUGCUCCCGCAGGCAGCUGAGCGAGACCGAAGCAUGGACAUUCAGCAAUAUAGAGGGGAAACUUUCAGCUUCAGGCCCAAAUUGUGGGGGCUCGUUUCCUUUUCCCCCAACAGAAAACUGAAAUCCAUUUUAACAGAUAUAUAAGUAGCACAAUUUAGACAAACUGCCCAUGGAGCGCAUUGGGUCCCCCUGUUCUGUCUUUCCUGGUAGAAGAAAAAGGGUGGGCACACGAAGAGGAGUGUGCCAGAGUGCUUGGGAAGGAAUUUGCUCAUGUCACAAGCAUUUCCUUGUCCCAAGAAGUGAUGCAAACACAGAAUAGUGAAAAGUGUGAGGUAGUAAUGGACCCUGAGCGUCACACUGAUGGAACAUUGCAUACCAUUGAAGCUGAAAGCAAAAAAACUCACAAAGUAAGUCUUCUCUAAGCCCUUGGUCAAUGAUAGGAAAGGGAAGAACAUUCUAAAGAACUCCCUGAAAAACCAUGAUGUUGGCAGUGAUGGGCUUUUAUGAUGGCCAAGGGGUCCAGAGAAUAAUAAAGAAGAACUUCUAAAGUGACGCAUUAAAUGAACACACAAAAUAUUAAUUUUGCCCGGGACUUAGAGAACCUGCAGUUGGAGAGUUAACAGCAGGUGAGAUAGGCACGGAGGAGCCUUCACUUCCCGGGUCAUCUCCAAGAACUGGAACAAAGACAAAAACCAUCUUCUAUGAACUGUCUGUCCCCACCACUCUUUCCCUUUCAGCGUGCUGCUGCCACUGCUGCCAAACUUCAACUGCUUUGGAGUGAAAAAUGUCAUAAGUGUGGGUGGUGCCUUCAGUGUGUCGCUGUUGUUCAAGUGAUGGUCUCGUUUCCCAAGUGCAUCCUCUGUUCCUUUAACCUUCCUGCCUCCUGUUUUUCUGCAGUAGUGAUGUUUUGUCUUUCCUUUGUAGGUGAGCCCAGACAAUUAACACCCUUUGAAGGAGCUGCUACAAUGUCAGAGGUACCUAAGAAUACCCCAAUUCCCACCCUCCCACCAGAUUACCUCCAGGGGCACCUUCAUGCCAUCCUUUCUUACCUGGACUCUCCCAAAGUUGCUUUAACGAUUGGUUCCUUCAGCCACAGCCAUUGGAUCCCAACAAGGAAGGUCCCCCCUGAAAGUCUUUUGUUUAGUGGAAGGGCAGACAGGUGCAUGGAGAGGCAAGAGAGUUUUGUUUAGAAAGAAAAGUCUGCAACUAUCCCCUGGAACUCUGAGCUAAUUUACAGGAAUCUUCUAAAACCUCACAGCUUCUUUGGUAUAAAAAUCUAGUGAAAUAGAAUUGGAGCAUCCCAUGUGAUGUUCUGCUGCUGGGUUCUCUGGCAUCCCAGCAUCAGCAUAGCAGAUAGUUUCCGUGUUCCAAGCAAGUAGAAAGAACCUGGCAAUAUCUUUGAUCUUUCUAGGGCUGUCUGAAGCAUGGGGAAUCUGACUUAAGUAAAGCCUUUUCAGUUUUUAAAAAACAGUACUCUGUUCUUAUUUACAAAAGAAAUUAUGCAAAGUUCAAACUUUAUAAGAUUCUCAAAAAGAAGAGGUGCAGAGGCCAACACAGAGGUCAGAGGUCAGAGUAAAUGUUGAGAGCCCUGCACUCUCCAUAGGGGAGUAUGAGCUACUGGCUUGCACAUCUCUCUUUGACAUGAGUUAGUUAUGUCCUCGCCACACAUCAGCAUCCGGGGAAUUAUCAUCACAGUAUUGGUAUCUGAAUGCAUUUGAUUUUAAGCCAUGUUAUUUUAAAAGGGAAGCAUCUUGUAUUUAUCACAUAUAGAACACUAGCAUCCAUUGCCAUGAACAGACAAUAAACAUUAUGGGAAACAUAUUGGCCUCAAAGACAAAACUCUAGUGGAGGUCUGGCCUGCUCUCUUGUUUCUCAAAAAGACCUUAGUCUAGUUAAAGAUACUGGUAUACAAUAGAGAGUUUGUCCUUGGAAUAAUCCAGUGAAGGGGAAAGCAGAUGAAAAAAAAAAACCUCCCUUUUUUAAGUUGGUGUUAGAUCGUGCCCUCUAUCCAUAUGCUACCUCCAUGACAUACAAUUUGCAUGCACUAGUGGCAUACAGCCCUACUUCAAGAAGUACUUACCUGAGAAGUUCUUUUCAGGUCAAGUUCUGCAAUCUUUUCCUUCCUUCUAGCUCAAUUUCCCCUCUCCCCUCCCUUCACUUCCCCUUCAUCUAACUCUAACCUAAAAGUCUUUCUUGAUCCUUAGUCUAUUUCUUACUCAUCCUUCUUUUUGAAGAUGGCUUCAUCCAAGUAGACAUGGCUCCUUGGUCUGCAAUUGUAAUUUUGACUUCCAAGACACAGUCUGGCCACUAGCAUGUAGCAUACACUUCCCAAGUAAUGCGGUCAUAGACAGCUCGCACAGUGCUUGCCUCGUUGCUUCCUGUUUGACUUUGGGAGAUGAACUGUGGAGUGACAAUCAGUAGAGAAUAUCUGUUUAUUCUUUGCCUUCCUCUUGGGAAGGUAGAUAAACCUUACAAUAUUGAAAGAGAACAUGACCUAUACAAUAAUUGAAGAGAAAGAGUAAGAUUAUAAAACUGUUUUCUUCUCCUUCUAUGUGAUCCCCAAUUUCUAACUCUAUGGGACCAGAUCCUGGCUUCCCUCACCUUCCUGGAGUCUCAGCCUCCAUCCGCCUUGGGCUCUGCCUGGAAUUCCCAUCUAACCUCCCCCAGAUUUUUUUUUUGUGUGUGUGUAAAUGGAGCAUAUUUUAUGUGCAAAUAUUUUAGUAACCGUAUGUUCUGCAAGUAAACCUGUGUUAACACUUGUCACACUGCAGAGUUUAUGAUACAAUAACACUUCCUACAAUGAAGAAAAAAAACAUUUGUUUGUUUUCUAAGAAUGUUUAUUUGUAAACAUAUGUAUUCACUAUAUUAAUAUGAAUUUCUUACCUGGCAAUAAACUGAUUAUAUGUGAU